AUGUCGCAUCAGCUCGUUGUUGUCCUUGUAUGGGCUGCCGCGCUGGUGCUGUUGAGCACCAACUCGGUCACUGCAGUGGCCCACACGUACUCGGCUCUGCCCUCUGACUUCCUCGUCACCCACCUGCCCGGCUUGGAUGGGCAACUGCACUCGCGAAACUAUGCAGGCUACAUCACCGUAGACGAGGCUCGCGGGCGCAAGCUCUUCUUCUGGUUCUCCGAGAGCCGGAACAAUCCGGCAGCCGACCCCUUGGUGGUGUGGUUCAAUGGCGGCCCGGGCUGUUCAUCGCUCACCGGCGUUACGAGGGAGCACGGACCGCUGCAUCCCAACGGCAACCCCGAGGGCGGCAUGGAGGAGAACGGGUGGAGUCUUAACAGGGUGGCGAACAUGCUGUUCAUCGAGGCCCCUGCCGGCGUGGGCUUUUCGUACUCGGACACGCCCAGCGACUACAACACCAACGACACCAAGACAGCUGAGGACAACUACGCAUUCCUGCGCAACUGGUUCAGCGUGUUCUCCCACUACCGCUCCCAUGACCUGUGGAUCAGUGGCGAGAGUUACGCAGGCGUCUACGUGCCCAUGCUCACGCACCAGAUUCUCAACGGCUCCGAUGCGGUCAUGCGGUCGCAGCUCAAGGGAAUCAUGCUGGGCAAUCCGGUCAUCGAUUGCCCCGACUACGGCAUCAACAUCAAUCGGCCUCCUCUCCUCGUCGAGCUCUUUGGCUUUUUCUACGAUAACUACAGCUACUGGCACGGCAUGGUGAGCAUCUCGGACUAUCUGACGUGGCGCGCGUUGGAGUGCGACCAGCCCAAGGAGCCCUACCCCGAGAAGUGCGUCAACUUCUACCUGGAGAUCAGGAAGGACACUGGCCACAUCUACGGCGACGAUCUCUACACCAACUUCUGCACCGGAAACAGGCACCCGAUCCCGCACUCCCUCCAUGCCUCUCUUGAUAUCUUCGAAACGACUCCUGAUUGCCUCACCUUCUCCGAUGUGGCAAGUCGCUGGCUCAACCGCGAAGACGUGCAGAAGGCGAUCCACGCUCGCGUGGGCACCAAGUGGGAGAGCUGCACCGGCAAACUGAACUACACCGAGCAGAACUUCAACAUGCUCGACUAUCUUGGCGAGAUCUUCGAGAAGAAGCCGCAGCUCAAGAUCCUGUACUUCACCGGCGACGUGGACAUCGCCACGGUCCCGUUUGCGUACACCCAGUUUUGCCUCAACGCUCUCCACCGCCCCAUCGUCAAGAAGUGGAAGCCGUGGUACGUACCUGGCGUGCAAGCGGUGGCGGGUUACUCGGAGGUGUUCGACACGUACACGUUCGUCACCAUCAAGGGCGCCGGACAUGAGGUGCCGAUGUUCCAGCCGGCCUUGGCGUACCAUGUGCUCUCCAACUUUCUCAAGUCCGGCGCGGUGCCCGACGUCCUGCCGCCGCGUCGACAGGCCAUCAACAACAGGCGCCGCUGGUAA